AAUUAGUUUCUUUUUUAAGAACUAAGUACCUUUCUAAGUAGAUUCUUUUAGGUCUGUGAUUUCCAAGCUAUUCGCAAACAUUCUUGCGUUAGAUAAGACGAAUCGUCAACUGAAUACCUAUAAAAGAAUGGGUUCGUCUGACUUAAAGUCACACUCAACUCGAACCCUGUUCAAGAUGUUCAUCCAGUUGGCUUUUUUGAUCUCCAGCGUAGCCCUGAUCUCCGCGGGAUCGAUUUCGAAAAGGAUUGCAGGCGGACAGCCGGCAACCGUAUCAGAGGUACCAUGGCAGGCCUCUCUUGUCAGCGAAAAUCUUUGCGGUGCUGUUAUUUAUAGUGACCAGAUCGUUUUAACCGCAGCCCACUGUGUCGGAUCCGAUGAUCUAAAAAGGUACACCGUGAGAGUGGGCUCAUCGAGCCUUUUCAAAGGAGGUCAGGCGGUGAAGAUAGCAAACAUCACACGGCACGAAAAAUACCAAGGACGCUCAAACUAUUUCUCCCAUGAUAUAGCCGUGAUCCGACUACAGACCAAACUCAGGUUGGGUGACAACGUAAGACCCAUUCCUUUGGCAAAUACAGCUCCUAAAGUGGGAACCCCCUUAUUGGUUUCCGGAUGGGGAGAGAUCGGAUACAAAAAAAAAUCGGAAACACUUCUUAAGGUCGCAGUAAACAUAGUGGAUCGGAGUGAUUGCGAGAAGUACUUUUUGAACAUUACUGAAGAUAAGAUCUGUGCCGCUGCUAACGGGAAGAAUUCAUGUAGGGGAGACUCCGGAGGUCCACUGGUCUUCGAUGGUAAACUUGUUGGCAUCGUCUCCUAUGGCAAUGCUUGUGCUAAUCCCUAUUUUCCCGGAGUAUAUGCCAAUGUGGCUGAGCUCAGGCCCUGGAUCGAAAAUGCUGUAAAACGAGUGUGAAGCUUAAAAACUAUCUACAAAUAUUAAUAAAAAUUCAAAACAAUUAUUUUUAUUAAAGUUGAAACAGUAUUCUA